AUUAAACACAUGCAACGGCGGGACUUAUAAAGUUACUGUCGUUGGUUUGGUUACGUGUAACUUUGUAAGGCUUGGGAGUUAGUUGUCAGGUUAAAAUAUUCAACGAAUUUCUCAAGAUUUUUUCUUUCGGUAUUGACGGAAGAAACUGUAAUUUGACGUGGAAAUUUCGCUCUCAAAAAAUAUGGAAAAUGACGACGUUGUUCUAACUGAUAGUAUGAAGAAGAUUAAGGCCAUCAUUUUGAUUGGUGGUCCAUGCAAAGGUAAUGAUUCACACUAGUAAUAUUUUUCUCUGAUUAAAGGUACUCGAUUUAGGCCAUUAUCUCUGGAAUUGCCCAAACCGCUUUUCCCGAUAGCUGGGUUUCCUGUUAUCUACCAUCACAUAGAAGCUUUCUCCAAGGUAAUCAUUUAAACUUUACAUUGCGAUUUAGCUCCCAGGACUGAGAGAAAUUAUUCUUUUGGGAUUCUAUCAGCCUAACGAAGCUCUUAAUCAACUCAUUUCAGACGCACAGCAUGAAUUCAAAGUUUCUGUUAGAUAUUUACAAGAAUUUACAUCUCUUGGAACUGCUGGAGGUAUAUACCAGUUCCGCGACCAGUUGUUAUCGGGAUCUCCGGAUUUGUUAUUCGUUAUGAAUGGUGAUGUGUGUUGUGACUUACCUCUUGAAGAAAUGCUUGAGUUUCACAGACGUUUAGGCACUGGAGAUAAAUUUUUGAUUAUGGCAACUGAUGCAGCGCAUCAACAGUCUAUGAAAUUCGGUUGCAUUGUUGAAGAUCCUGUCACUCAUGAAGUUAUGCAUUAUGUCGAAAAACCAGCCACUUUUGUCAGUACAACAAUCAAUUGUGGAAUUUAUUUGUUUACUCCUGGAAUAUUCAAGUUUAUUCGUAUAGCUUUUCUUGAGCAUCAAAAUCAACUCAACUAUGAUUUAAGACCUUCAUGCAAAGAAACUAUCCAUUUGGAACGAGAAAUAUGUCAACCAUUAGCUGGAAGCGGUACUUUAUUUGUCUAUCAUACCAAUCGAUUUUGGAGUCAAAUCAAGUUUGCUGGUGCUGUUAUUUACGCCAAUCGUCAUAUAUUGUCACUUUACGAAAAAACCAAUCCUCGUAGACUUGCUAAGCCAACGAUACCAAGUUCUGCAAAUCUACAGAUGAUGGAUGAUGCUAAAAGUGCAUCUUUAGUUGUAAUGAAUGGAGAUUGCCUACCAUCAUUCUGUGGACCAAUUAUAAUUGGUCAUGUCUUCAUACAUCCAACUGCUUUGGUUGACAGAACAGCUGUUAUAGGGCCUAAUGUAAGCAUUGGUGAACGAGCUGUUAUAAAAGCUGGUGUACGUUUACGGGAAUGCAUUGUACUCAGGGAUGCAGAGAUUCGUGCACAUGCUUGUUGUUUGAAUGCAGUAAUUGGAUGGAAUACAGUUAUUGGCGAAUGGGCUCGUGUCGAAGGCACACCCAAUGAUCCGAAUCCUAAUAAGCAGUUUACUAAACUUGAUGUAUUGCCUGUUUUUAAUGGUAAAGGUCAACUAAAUCCUUCCAUCACUGUUAUUGGUUCUAACGUAGAAGUUCCUCCGGAAGUGAUUGUACUGAAUUGUAUUGUCCUACCACACAAGGAAUUAUCACACAGUGCUAGGAAUCAAAUUAUACUGUGAUACAUCUAUUUCAUGUGACUGAGUAGAUGCCCACAUAAAUAUGUUUGCUGAAGACAUUGUUGAAUAUACGUGGAUUACUUUACAAUAUCUUCAGUAUUUCGUUUAUUCUUCGCCUCAAUAAUUUCAUUUUUUUCUUCCGGAAAGGUCUACACUGACUUAAUAAUUUCUUUUACUAAACAUCAGUUAUUUCGCACUAGUGUAACUGAGAGUGAUGAUCAUAAUAAUAAUAUUUUCUUGUGAUUGUUUCAUUUGUAAAAUAAGCAAGUGAGUAAUUUCUAGAUCCUUAAGUGAUUACAAUUUGAUUAUGUAAAUGUAAGUUCUCUUUUGUUUUGAAGAAUUCUUAGUUUGACCCGUUCACGUACCAUAUUCAAAUCGUCCCACUUCCUAUGCGCAGUUUAUUCUUAGCUCACCUACUGACUUCUUUCCCUACAUGUAAUGUAUUUCGUUUUUUUGCAUUGAUUCCCUAACCGAACAGUUUUAUUAUUUUUUUUCUUUUUCAUCUCAGUUACUCAGUCAGUCAGUAACAAUGCUGAUAUUGCUAGCUUGAUUUUUUUACAUCAGUUUAUUUGUAUCCUUUGAAUAUUCAAUAGUUGAUCUUUAUUCUCUGUUCUAUUUUUGCAUUACGUAGGCGAUACACUGCAUGUAAGGUGCACUUCCAAUUUCUGCUCAUUACAUCUAAGGUUGAAUGAACUACUGUUUCAGCGAAAUAUUUUUUGUCAAUAAAUACUUUGAUUGA